AUGUGUGCGCCUCCGGAAGAGGUCUAGCUGCGCAAUGUACACGUAUUUCAGUGUUUUUGCUUUUUGCGUAAUACUCUGCUGGUUAUGGAAAAUACGUAGUCGUCCUCAGACGAUACGAAAACCAGAAGGAAAACCACUUGAGGUCGUCCGUUACGAACUUCAUGACUACAAGCUACCAAAUUUGAAAGGAAGAUCUCUUGUUUGCUUGGCACACAUUGCUAAUUCGGUUCUUGGCAAAUGGUUUGUCAUUCCAGCUAGUUUAAGGAGAUCAAAUAUGCAUUUUCUCAGGAAGUUUAAGAUGGUAGAAAAACCAACUUUUCACCCGCUAGUAGUCAUGGACCAUUUGGCACGAUCAGUGCAGUUGUCUCAAACUGUCACACCUGAUGAUAUUGCUUUAGUAGCUGAUGAAAGGGUUGAAUCGGUUGGAUUCCAUUUCACAUCUAUUAUUGAUUAUGUUGAUGCAUACAGGUGUGGGAAAACAAAUCCAUCUGUUGUUGCCCAGUCUGUGCUUCAAGCUAUAGUGAACUCUAAUGCAAACCCCAAACCUCUACGGACAUUUGUGCAAAUAGAUGAGAAGGAAGUGAAACAAAUGGCGGCUGCAUCAACUAAGAGAUAUGAAGAAGGUACACCUUUGUCGAUCUUUGAUGGUAUUCCAAUUGGGAUAAAGGAACAAAUGGCUGUGAAACCGUAUUACCUCCGUUGUGGCACUACAUUUAUGGGAAGUGAAUCGUGUACCAGUGAUGCAUCAGUAGUGAAGAAGCUUAGAGAAGCUGGAGCUGUAAUUAUUGGUAUGACUAACUUACAUGAAGUAGGAGCUGGGACACUCGGAAGCAAUCCAAAUGGGUUACAUGGAACACCAAGAAAUCCAUACGAUAUUGACUGUUACACUGGAGGAAGUUCUAGUGGCUCAGCAGCAGCUGUUGCUGCAGGUCUUAUUCCUUUGGCAAUUGGCACUGAUGGUGGUGGCUCAUUACGAAUUCCUUCUAGCCUUUGUGGUGUUGUUACUUUGAAAGCAACACAUGGUCGUUUAACUGGUGCUGGUCAAGCACUUUUAUCUGCAACAGUUGGAGAUCCUGGACCUAUUUGCUCAUGUGUUCGUGAUGUCGCCCUUGCUUAUGACCUUCUUGCUGGACCUGAUUCUAAAUUUGAAUUAGGGCUUUGCCAACCUCCUGUUCAAAAGUGUUCAUCAUUGAAAAGUGGCAGUCUUUCUGGCAUAACAAUUGGCAUUUAUUCUUUGUAUUUCAAGCAUGGGAACCAGGAAGUUGUUGAUAUUUGUCAGAGAGCUGUUGAAGGGUUAUGUGACUUGGGAGCCGAGGUUAUUGAUAUUGAGAUACCAGAACUUGAGGAGGCAAGAGUUGCUCACUCUGUCACAAUAUCUGGGGAAAUGGCUUCAUUUCUAAGGACGGAACAAGAAGAGUUUGGUAAUUUAAUGAAUUCUGAUAUUCAAAUAAUCUUGUGUGCUGGUGGUCAAGUAACCCUUCAUGACUACCUUUUGGCUCAGCAGCAGCGUACAAGGUCCAUCAACUUUUUGAAGGAUAUUUUCAACACCGUAGAUUGCAUAGUGACACCUAGUUGUCCUAUAACUGCCCCUCCUCUAGAUGACAAAGCUCUAGAGUUUGGUGAAAGUAACAUGGCUGUGACAGGACAGUUAAUGAGAUAUAUGUUUCUUGGCAACCUGACAGGUGUACCAUGCAUGACAUUGCCAGUUGGUUAUGAUUCACAAGGUUUGCCCAUUGGAUUGCAAAUAAUGGGCAAGUGGUGGGACGAGCAGUUGCUGUUUCGUGUGGCUCUUGCAGCUGAGACAUUGGUUGAGAAGAGAAAGCCACAAAUGCACUACUCAAUGUUGUAAUAAAUUCCAUUUAAAGUGUAUGUGUCAGUUGAAGCGUAACAGAUGUGAUGGCUGUUUCAUGUCUCAAGUAGAUAAAAUUUGUUAAAGAUUGUUGUUACCUGUUAUUGGCAUGAUCAUGUAAGAAUUUCAUCGUACAGAGUUACCAUUGUGACUAUGAUCAUUAGCCAUGAUCACAAUUUCACACCUGCUAGAAGCAUGUAUCUAAAUAAUG